CGCACGUCCACCAAUUCCGUUUUAUGAUGGAGGGGUUUUCUGCCUUCUGUUUUGGACAAUAUAAAUACUGUCACUGCAGGCUGAAUGCAGACAGACAACAUAAAACCAACCAACAGGUUAGAUAGACGCUUAACUGAUAGAUUUCCUUCCAGGUGUGGAAACCUACAAACUCAAGAUGCAGACAUUGCUCCUUAUAUAUCUAUUUGCUGUGGUAUGUUGGGCCAGAAUUGAUUCAAAUCAAGAAAACAUUGAGACCCUGAUGGAUAACGUUGUGGUCCUGAGGGUGCCUUAUGAUCACGGCAUUGUGUCCAACGUUCCUCUGACCUGUGGACAAGCAUAUAUCAACAAGCCCAUAUUUUGGAAGAAAAAUGGAGUGGAACUGACUCCACCUCUGGAGGGCAACCAGGUAACAGUCGUGGUGACGGAGAUGGAUGGAGGAAACUACUCCUGUCACCUGGGCCCAGACAAAGAGUACCUGAACCACACGGUGAUCCUGGUCCAACUGGAUCCAGACAACAGGACGGUCAUUUUGGAAAAAAAGUCCCCAGAAGAAGGUCAUAUCCACUGCUCAGCACCAAACUACAAAGGCUCCUUCCACUGCACCUGGAAAAGAACAAAGCACAGGUCCCACGCCCCUGUGCUCCUUGUUAGGGCAGAACGGUAUUUGGAAAGCAUUCCCUGUGAGCUGGAUGCUGAUGGGUCGGGAGUUCACUGCCAGGAUGCUGCCUGCCCUUACAAAGAAGAGCAGUACCGCAUCUCCCUCACUGUUUACAUCCACAGCUAUGCUCGCUUGGAGGCCUACACCAAGUCCUUCUACCUCAGAGAAAUUGUAAGACCAGCAGUACUUCCUAACCUGCGCAUCUCACAGGGCAAGAAUUUCAGUUGGGACUAUCCCGACUCCUGGGAGAAGCCCAGCACCUUCUUCGGUCUCCAUUUCGAGAUCAAAGCUGUCCCCUAUGGGCAUUCCUGCCACAGUGGCGAGUUUAUAAUGUUCAACAGAACUGAACACACAAGUUACGAGAUCAACUUCAAACCAAAGAAGUACGUUUUCUGUGUGCGCGCUCAGGACAAGCACACCCGAGGCCCGUGGAGCCAGUGGAGUCAGUGCACAGUGAACAAACAUGAAGUCAGAUGCUAACUUCUGUCACUGAAGAGGAAGAAACCUCCAUUGCUUCCGUCUAAGGAUUUUCUUCAAAUAUUUGUUUUUAAGUCAUCCACAGAUAUAUAUACACACACAUGUACAGUAUUUAUUUUUUUAUUCUCUACAUUUACAUAAUUAUGGAGCAUCUUUUUUGUUUUUUAAGUUUUCCUUCAAAUUUGUGGCAAUUUUAAAAUUUUACAAUAAAUGACAUCAUCUGCAUAAUGUUUUACUUUUAUCGUCUUGCAUAUAUUUUGAGAAUUUACCAAAAAGGGGUAAAAAUGUGGCUUUUUGCUCAACUCGACCUAAAAGGAAAUAAAUAACAGAGACAGGCAUUUACAAAAAAGCAUUUUAUUGUCAAA